CCCUGUGMRUCCCYUCCAACUCAGCUUAUUCAGUGAUUCUGUGUGAUUUACCCUUCAGUUGUUCCAUCCUCACCAGGAGCAGGGUUUGGGGCACAUUGUGAGGCCGCUCCAGGUGUGUUUGUGCCCUUGGAGCUGUGUGGAGCCGUUUGAAGGCCGGUGGUGCCGGGUGAGCGAACCCCUCCGUGCCCCGUCUGACAGGUCCUUUGGGUGUCCUUGUGUCUGGGCGAAUAAAAGCUCCUUUGUGCGGAGCCUCGGCGGGUCAGGAGCGGAGCCCGGAGCUCGUAGCCCUACUGACGCAGGUACGGGCGGUGCUGGCAGCGCUCCCGGCCCGGGACGAACCCUUCCCUCCGCCGGCGGUGUCCGGCCCGGGGCUGACGCAGGACCUGCCCUCCUCCAUCAAUAUUUGCUCUGGKGCCGGGAGGGAACGCUCGCACCGCUCCCGCAGCACCUCCGGCCCCACACGUCCCCGCAGACGGUGCCGGAGCUCCGCCGAGCAUGAGGGACCGGCUGGCGGAGCUGCGGCAGCGAGCGGCGGCCGAGGGGGACCCGCACGACGAUUCCCUGCGCUUCGAGAACCCCGCGUUCGUCGGCGACGACGGCAGCCCGGUGGGGMGGGCGCUGCAGGAGGCGGCCGAGCUGUGGCGGGCGCUGGAGCGGCUGGAGCAGCUCUCGGAGAGCAUCGACAGGACGCAGCAGUCGGUGCUGUGCUGCACCUCGGAGGAGAGCAUCGCCCGCCAGAAGCGCGGCCUCGGCGCGGCCCGGGCCGCUUUCGCCCGCCAGGCCGCGGCCCUGCAGCCCCAGCUGGGAGCGCUGCCGGCGGCUCCGGCCGGGGGCUCGGGCCGAGCGGGGCCCCGCGUCCGCCAGACCCAGCUGUGGCUGCUGCUGCGCCGCUACGGCGCCGUCCUSGCCCGCCACUACGCCCGGGAGAGCCGCUACCGGCAGCGGCUGAAGGAGCAGAUCCAGAGGCAGGCGGAGCUGGCCGGCAUCACCCUGGGCGCGCAGGACGUGGAUCUGCUGGCCGAGAGCCCGCAGGGGCCUCGCAUCGUCGGCCGCGACCUGGAGGAGCUCAARGCCAAGCAUCACCUGGGGCUGGCCCAGGCGCGGCAGCGGCAGCUGCUGGAGCUGGAGGCGCAGAUGCUGGAGCUCCGCGGGCUGUUCGUGCAGCUGGAGGGGCUGCUGGCCCAGCAGCACGGCGCUGCCGACAGCGUGGAGCAGCACGUCCUGCGCAGCCUCGACUGCGCGGCCCAGACGGGCGGCGAGGUGAAGAGAGCCGGCAAAUACCAGCGGCCGUCGCGGCUCUCGGCCCUGCUGACGGCGGCUCUCGGUCUCUGCUCCUGCUGCCCCUGCCUGCCCUGCCCCGGCCGGGGGCUGCGCUGAGCCGGGGCUGCGCGGGGGGAGCGGCGGCGCUCGGGGAUUCGCCCGGGAUGGGAGAGAAACGGUGCCGUGUGGGAGUGAUGGAGGCUGCUGGUGUCUUGUGCUCCUUGCACACCUUGUGCGAUGGUGCAAGGACCGUGCACGCGUUCCUUGAUGGUACAGAGACCAUGCAGAACCUGCUCAGCGAUGCAGGGUCCAUGCACACCUCACACGGCAGCGUGGGGAUCACACACACCAUUCCCGAUGGAUCAUACACACCAUUCCCGAUGGAUCAUACACACCAUUCCCAAUGGAUCACA